GGAUCACAAUGCAUCGUUGACAACUUACAAAUCAAAAGAAUUCAAUAAUAACUAAACAAAAAUCCUUUUUGUUGAAAAAAAAAAACAUUGAAUUGUAAAAUUUUCGUGCAGUAAAAGUGAGAAAUAUGGACAAUCUUUCGGAUCAAAUGGGAUUGUUGAGUGAUGAUUUAAUAGAAGAAUGUUCAGAAGAUUCAGACGACCAUGGUCAUUCGAAAAAUAUUCCACUUCGUGAACAGGAUCGAUUUUUACCCAUUGCAAACAUAGCGAAAAUCAUGAAAAGAGCCAUACCCGAAAAUGGAAAAAUUGCAAAAGAAGCACGUGAAUGCAUUCAAGAAUGCGUGUCUGAGUUUAUAUCAUUUAUUACGUCCGAGGCUAGUGAACGAUGUCAAAAUGAAAAACGAAAAACAAUCAACGGUGAAGAUAUACUUUAUGCAAUGUGCGCACUUGGUUUCGACAAUUAUGUCGAUCCAUUGACAUUGUAUCUACACAAGUAUCGUGAAACAACUAAAACUGAUCGGAAUAUCAGCGGUGCUGAUAGUUCAUUUGACGAAUCAAGUACAAGUAAUUUCAAUCUAAAUAAUUUGAGGAAUGGGACCAAUGCAAGUACGUCAAACAAUAGUGCCACAACAAAUGGAACAAUAACAAAUGCAAAUACAGCAGCUAACAUAUCGUCAGUGGGUGGUGGUGCCGGCGUUGUACUAGGACAAAUUGGCGAAAGCAUAUUAUACUAUGAUGCACAAAAUCAAUCGUUUCAACUAUAGAAUGAAUGCAUAUAGUUAUGAUUCUUUUUUUUCUUUUCAUUUCAUUUAUUUUUUAGUAUAUACGACCUAAAAAAAGAAAAUUUUAGAAAUAAUAUCGAAUGCAAAUGA